AAUAUACAUAUGUUUGAACAGACAGCGGUGCAGAGAGAUCAAGACAAUGGCCAUGCAUAAAUAUGGAGAUUUAAUUCAGCCUGAACCUUGGUGGGAGAACUUAGGUGAUGCAGCUGUGAGAAUUGAUUUGCUUCAUGUUAAACCAAGUCACACUGUCUGUCUUAACCUUGUUAAAGAAGGUAAUGGAAUUCAGGAAUCAAGUAACAAAGGUGCUGUGUUUAUCUUGUAUAAUUGUGCCCGCCUUGCUACAAUUCUCAGGCAGUUCGAAGAGAAGGUUCAAUUAGGAUAUUAUCCUCAGCUUAUUCCUUAUGAAGAAGUGGACUUUUUGCUUUUAUCCAAAGACGAGGAAUGGGAUCUAAUGUUCUCAUAUCUUUUGUCUUACCCAAGUAUGCUGCAGAGUUCAGUACAGAAUGUGGAGCAUGGAAAAGUUGCUCCUCAUCUGGUAUGCAGUUUUGUUAUGGCAAUGUGCAGCUGCUUCAGUGUGUAUUACAGAAGAGUACGCAUCCUCACCGAGUCAAGAAACCAAUUGUUGCCUGUAAUGUUUGCACGCCUGUAUCUGUUGCGAAGUGUUCAGCAAGUGUUGCAUAAUGCAUUAAGCUUGCUGGGUAUAAGACCUGUUGUUCAUAUGUGACAAGUAGCUAAUCAACUUCGUGGAGCAGAAUCAUCGAAAAACUAACGGACACUAAACUGGCCAAGAAAUUUCUGCCUCUUAUGGAACCCAAGGGUUCACUACCAUGCUCACAAGUGCCCAAUAUUUAUGAAAGUUGUUUGUCACAGAUGGAGACUGGUGAGCUUGCUGGACAGUGCCAGUCUUGUCUGGAGAUUAAAAAUUUGAGAUUGUAAUAAAUAAUGGUAAAUGAUCUGUGAGGACACCAUUAGCAAAGUAACACAAGUUCAUGCCAAAUUUUUAUGCUGUGUUUAAUAAAUGUAAGACUGUUCAUCUUAACCACUUGGUCAUUAGAAAGCAAAUCAAUUGCAUCAUUCAUUGCUUAUGUAGAUAGCCUUGGUAGUAGUAACAGUAAAGAAUAACUGCAUAUUGGUAUUGUAAACUUUUGAUUCUCACAUAUAAUAUGUUGUUUAAUAAAUAUGAAUGUGAUCAGUG